AUCAGAAUGGCUGACAACAUGACUGUUCUAACUUCCUGAAGUUAAAAACAUUAGCAUAUCUUGUUAACCGGCAAAAAUAUUAGAAAUAUAGUGAAAAGGUAUAACAUAUGAACCAACUACAGACGCUCCACUUACUAAUAGAUCGGAUAACUGCAUGUUAAGUCUUCGGUAGAUGUAGAUAAUUGAGAUGUCGUUACGCCCGAAGAAGAUUGAUUUUGGUCCGGUUUGGGACGUAUUAUUAGUCACAGUAAAAGGUGUGAUAACUUGUGGUAGCGUGGAGAGAAGGGUCUGGAACGACAGAUUUACAGAUGUAUAUAAAUUAUGUGUAAGUUGUCCCGAACCACUUGGUGAUAGACUUUAUCAAGAAACAAAAAAUUUCCUGGAAGAUCAUGUUACUCAGUUAAACAAGGAGGUGUUAAGUAACGGUGAUGAAAGCUUGUUGACGAUUUAUCAUAAACAUUGGGAAGAAUAUAGUCGUGGUUCAGGUUAUUUGAAUCAACUGUAUGGUUAUUUAAAUACAACGUUUAUAAAAAAACAGAAAUACAGUGAAGCUGAUUUAAACUAUGGUGGAUUUGCUAUUGAUGUUGUUGACCAGAUGUUAGAGAUAGGGGAGUUGGCGCUAGACAUAUGGAAAAGAUUGAUGAUAGAACCUCUUAAAUCACAAUUAUUAACUCUUUUAUUACAAGAUAUAAAAAGAGAUAGAACUGGUACAUCUGUGAGCCAUACUGUUAUUCAUGGGGUUAUUAAUUCAUUUGUUAAUGUUGAAGAAUAUAAAAAUAAACAUGCAAUGCAGUUAUAUGAACAGUUAUUUGAAAUUCCGUUUUUACAUGAAACAGGUGAAUAUUAUCGACAGGAAGCUCGUCAAUUAAAAGAUACCUGUAAUUGUUCCGAAUAUAUGGAGAAGGUCAUUCAAAGACUAGAUAAUGAAGAUUUUAGAAGUAGAAAAUUUUUACAUCCCACUUCGUACGCUAAAGUUACUAAUGAAUGUCAAAUGAGAUGUGUGGCGGACCAUCUUCAAUUUUUACACGGAGAAUGCCGUGAAAUGGUCCAAUCAGAGAGGAGAACAGAUUUAGGUAAUAUGUAUAAAUUAUUACGACCGAUACAGUCUGGGCUAGGAAUUCUGGUACAGGAAGUGGAGGAAUAUAUCAAACAAAUCAGUCUAGAGGUCGUUAAAACAUUAAAGGCAGAUAAUAUGCCGACGCGGUUUGUGGAGUCGAUGUUAGAUAUACAUGAUAAAUAUACAGAAUUAAUAAAAAACGUCUUUAGUGGUGAUCAACAAUUUGUUGGCGCUCUCGAUAAGGCGUGUGCUGUUGCUAUUAACCAUAAAUCUAACCCCAAAUCAAAUUGUAAAUCACCAGAAAUGCUUUCUAAAUACUGUGAUAGUUUAUUAAAAAAGAGUUCAAAGGGAAUUUCCGAAACAGAAUUAGAUGACAAGUUGGCAGCUUCUAUUACCAUAUUUAAAUACCUCGAUGAUAAAGAUGUUUUUCAACGGUUCUAUUCCCGGAUGUUAGCGAAAAGAUUAAUUUAUUCACAAUCAACGUCAAUGGAUGCCGAGGAGUCUCUGAUCAACAGGUUAAAGCAAGCAUGUGGUUACGAAUUUACCAACAAACUACAUAGAAUGUUUAAUGACAUCACCAUCAGUUACGAAUUAACUUCUAUUUUUCAUGACCUCGCCAAGAGACAUGAGUAUAAUCUGGGCGUCAGUUUUAACAUCAUGGUUUUACAGGCCGGUGCUUGGCCGAUACCACAGAGUAAUUUACCAACAUUUAACGUGCCACAAGAAUUAGAAAAAAGUGUGAAAAAGUUUGAAGGAUUUUAUAAUGAUAAAUUUAGUGGAAGAAAAUUAACUUGGAUGCACAAUUUCUGUACAGCUGAUUUGAAAUUAAACUAUGCCAAGAAGACAUAUUUUGUGACGAUGGGAACGUUUAAUAUGGCCAUCUUACUGAUGUUUAACGACGUGGAUAAACUCAGUUUUAAGGAAAUACAACAAUUCACUAGGUUACCGGAGAAAGAACUGACGAAAUAUUUACAGUCUUUGUUGGAUAUUAAAAUCUUAUCGGCACAGACACCAAUGACAGCAGAGACUAUAUUUAGUUUGAACAUAAACUAUAACAAUAAAAGAACAAAGUUUAAAAUUUCAACAAUGGCCCAGAAAGAUUCUCCACUUGAAGUAGAAAUGACCCACCAAACAGUAGAUGAAGAUAGAAAGAUGUAUAUACAGGCUGCUAUUGUUAGAAUAAUGAAAGCUAGAAAAGUUCUUAAACAUACUCUGUUAAUAAAUGAGGUGAUAAAGCAGUUGGUUUCUCGAUUUGUUCCAAAUAUUAGUAUGAUUAAAAAAUGUAUAGAAACGUUGAUAGAGAAAGGAUAUUUAGAACGAACUGCCGAUUCUAACGAUGAAUAUAGUUAUGUGGCAUGAUCCACAUGUUAGUGAUAAUUAACUCGUUCCGGACACCUAUAUUAUCAUGUACAGAGACGUUGAAUUAAUUAAUUUGUUGAAUUAAUGAUAUCCAGUGAAUUUAAGUUCAAUCUAUUGGGAUGUCAACGUUAUACUAAUACAAAAGUACUACAAACAAUAUGUUAGUGUUUAUUUAAGACACCUGUCUUAUCAUGUAAAGAGAGACGUUAUCAAGAUUAGACUAUGAUAUGAUUUGUUGAAUUAAUGAUAUCCAGUGAAUUUAAGUACAUCCAAUAAUUGCGACAGCCCUGUUAUCUCAAUACAAAAGUACUACAAAAUAUUUUAACCUUGCGAACUUCCAAGAAAAUUCAGACGCGUGGUAGCUGGUUUUCUUAAAACACAAAGAAAUGUAUCAGCUCAUAGUUAAAGGUCAGUGAUCUUCAUCUGGGGGAUUUUGAAACCUUUGCAAACUACAAUAAAGUGAAGAUUGAGUCUACACUACAAAAUAUUUUAGAUGUUGUGAACUUCAAAGAAAAAUUAUCAAGUGUUAUCAAGUGUUCUUGAAGAAAUAUAUGAACUCGUGGAUCUACACUACAAUACUGUGAAGAUUUGGUCUAUGAAGAAACAUUAGUUCAAGGAACACAUCUUUCAGUUUCCUUCCACGUCUCGUGAAUUAAAGUGAAUUAAAAUCAAUCGGCUGAAAAUGAAAAUAAAAUUAUAUAUAUAUUGA